AUGUAUACUCUACUCUACGGAGCAUUUGGCCUGGCUUCUCAGACUCCUGGGAUUGAGACUGGCAGUACGGGACCUCGUGGAGCAGGUCUUCAGCAUAUUUUGGAACGACACAGCCACGAACUUACUCAAUAUGAGCCCCAGCGGUUAAUGGAGCUUGCCGAAGCCUCGACGUCUGCCGGCCUGUAA